CAAUUAAUUACAAUGAAUCUGACAUAUGCCAUCAGUAGCCAUCAGCGAUACGACGCAAAUUUUUCAAACUGUUCCUGACCGGCUUUUGAUCCACUCCGUUCCACUUGCAUCGAGAAUUUCACAAAGCAAAGUUUUGCAAUGGCUUCCAAACUGGAUAUGAUUUUGUUUGGUGCAACCGGUUUCACUGGUAAAAACGCCCUGAAAACAUUGAAGAAGCUUGCGGAGGAGAAUGGUGGCUUGACCUGGGGUGUAGCUGGCAGAUCUGAGCAGAAAUUGAAGGAUGUCCUGGAGGAGAUGGGCAAACUGAGUGACAACGAUUUCUCCGAUGUGCCAAUCAUCAUAGCAGAUGUUAAAGAUGAGGAAUCGAUUAAGCAGAUGACUGCGAAAUGCCGGAUCGUUUUGAACGCUUGCGGUCCGUACCGUUUCUACGGUGAACCGGUGAUCAAAGCUUGCAUCGAAUCGGGAACGCAUCACGUCGAUAUUAGCGGAGAGCCUCAGUUUUUGGAGAAGAUGCAACUGAAGUAUCAUGAGGAAGCGAAGGAGAAGGGCGUUUACAUUGUGGGCGCUUGCGGUUACGACAGUAUCCCGUGCGAUAUGGGCACAUGCUUCGUCUCUGAGAAGUUCAAAGGUACUCUGCAUUCGGUCGAGACGUACAUGGAGGGUGGCGAGGAGGGCGGACCGUGGCCGGGACCGACCAUCAACUACGGCACUUGGGAAUCCGCCGUUUACGGUCUCGCACACGGCGACGAACUCAAAGAUUUGAGAUCCAAGCUCUACGCAACUAAGUUGCCCAAGUUUAAGCCUUCUUUAAAGUCAAGAGGCGUGAUUCACAAGAAUGAUUUCAACGAUAAAUGGUCUUUACCGUUCAUGGGAUCCGAUCGUUCGGUGGUGAGGCGUUCCCAGAGGUACUUUUACGAACACGAGAAAAAACGUCCGGUGCAGAUCAACACUUACUUCUGCGUUGAUUCAAUUCUGACGGUCGUUGGAAUGGCGAUCCUGGGUUUGGUUUUCUCCGUUCUGUGCAAGUUCGAGCUUGGAAGGAAAUGGUUGCUCGAUUAUCCGCACAUCUUCUCUUUUGGACAUGUCACCAAAGGCGGUCCGACUUACGAGAAGGUCGAGCACACUCUGUUCUCUAUCACGAUUCUGGGUCAAGGUUGGGAUGAGACUUUGGCCGAAGCCGACGACCAAUUUACCACUCGACCCGACAAGAAGAUCAAGGCUCGGAUCAGCGGAAGGAACCCCGGCUAUUACGCCACCAACGUGAUGCUCAUCCUUUCCGGUAUAAUGAUCCUGAACGAGCCCACCAAAUUGCCUUCCAACGGAGGCGUUUAUCCGCCGGCUGCAGCCUUCGCCCGCACAUCGAUGAUCGAGAAGCUCGUCGAGAACGACAUCAAGUUCGAAGUGUUGUAAAGAGAAUACACACACACCCGUUCUUUUCCAUACUUACUUACUUAUAUUUAUAAUAAUAUUAAUAAUCCUUUUACAUGUUUAGAUUUAAGGAUUUGGAAAACGCGACGUCUUAUGCGGAUAUGCAUAAUUCAUCGAUUUGUACUAGAUGCAAGUUAUCUAAUAAUGACAUGGUUGCGGUCUAGGAUUCGUACUCGCAGAGUGAUAAAAUACAAGUGGCCUUCGACCCGAUGCGCGGUUGUUUUCAUAUAUGUAAUCGUUUAAAAAAUCGACAGAAUAACCAUUGUUUCUAAUCAUUAGCGCUUUUCUUAAUCGAAAUUCGCUGAAGCUGUUGUAAUCAAGCAUGCAUUUAUAUUAACGCGUGUUUAUUUACAUAUAUAUGAAAUUACUGUAACUAAAUAUAUA